AUGGUGUCGCCCUCAACAAAUUGUCGAGAGAGGAUUUCCGAGCGGAUCUCGUCCUGUAAAGAAUGGCUAGCAGUAGCAGCAGCCAUACUAACAUUUAAUGCUGUGGUUGUGGUGUCAGAUUCAAGAGACGGGAGUAAGAAUCGAAUAGAGAGGGCGAUUGGCGGACACAGCUUUGGGAGAGGCGCCUGGCCGUGGUUGGUGCUUCUGAAAGCCACAAUUGUCACCAACAGAUUAUUUGGCAUCUUCCCCACCAGACAUUAUCACCUGUACUGCGGAGGUGCUCUCAUAUCCGAUCGCUGGGUGAUUACCGCUGCUCACUGUUUCUCAGAUAAUGGACAGGCAGCAGCUCGUCCUUGGAACUGGAAGGCCAAACUGGCAACUGUUAGAUUACGGCCAACUAUGGCACAGAGGUUUCUGGACAUCAUUGGCAGAGUUUUGAACCAAGACGAUCUGCGACAGUGGGAAGUGAACGUUGACAGGAUUGUUACACAUCCUAAUUACAACAGAACAAGUUUGCUCAAUGACGACAUAGCGCUGCUGAGGUUAGCAGAGGCGGUUCCAAAUGGCAGAAGAUUUUCUCUGAUUCAGAUGAUUCCGUUACCCAAUCAAACUGAAGUAGACUUUCCUCAGGUUGGCCAAGUGUGCACUACAAAAGGCUGGGGAUGCACUACAGUGGGAGGACAACCGUCAAGCCAAGCCCAUCAGAUAGAUUUACCAGUGUAUUCAGAUUCCCACUGCCUACAUUACUACAACCUGGACUCGAUGCAGAAACGACUGUGUGCUGGCUUCAGGAACAGAGGUGUCGGAGUGUGUCGCGGUGACAGUGGCAGCCCACUGGUGUGCCAGAAAGGAAAUCAGUACACACUGGCCGGUAUCGUUUCAUUCACCAGCAAAAACAACCCAGAAAGUUUUCCUGCUGUGUUUACACGAGUUCAGGACUACAUACCUUGGAUCAACACUGUCAUGGAAACCUACAACUGA